UUUUUACUCUCUGUUUCCCAGUAAAACGGUUUAACAUGCCCAAUAAUAAUGUUGAAUUAUUAUUACAGUGAUUUACUUGUAUUUAAAAUUUUCAUCGACAGUGUAAAUAAGUCUAUACCAUCUUUAAUCAACAACAAUAUCAACUACAAUCAUCGCCAUUUGAUGGUUAAACCAGUGCAAUCAUCAAUGUGUUGGAUCAGAUCUCUUUUAUUUCAUCGUUGAUAACUGUUUUUCCCCUCUCUUUUGCUCUCUCACCUCUUUUCCUACGGUGAAAUUCAUCAAGACACUGUUAUUAAUUGAAUAGUAACAUUAAUUGUUGGAGCAAACACACGCAUAUAUACACACACAUACAUAAAGAAAGGAAGGAAGGAAAAUUAUUAUCAUAGUACUUAUACUAUUAAUACUAUUGCUAUUAUUGAUACAUUAUUGCCAUUAUUCAAUUAACCAUAUUAAUUUAUUAUUAUCAUGUUAUUACUACGUCUACCAGUUGAUUUUCAAGUCAAGCCUAACUAACCACCAACAGCAGUGCAAUCAACGUUGAACCUGAUAUUUUACGCAAGCCAAUUUGGAGACACACUAACCAAUACUAAACAAGGCAACAGAGAAUCAAAAACCAAAGCCAUUAGCAUAAACCGGAAAUAUACUUGAAAUAUUUUAAGUUGAAUAAUCGCCGGGUCUUCGAGUGCAAUUGAAUCAACUCUUUUUUCUCUCUGUUUUUGCUCUUCUCCCUCCCUCUAUCUCUAUUUCUCUCUAAACACUCGUUUACUCAUCUAUUCACUCAUCCUUGAUUCUAUCAACUUCUCUCUAUCUCUCUCUCUCUCUCUAUUUCAAACUUGUUUUUCUUCACGUUUGAUGAAUAAGUUGAUUUUGAUUAACGAUAAUCCAAAGUGACAACUAUUGAUCUCACCUAACGGUCUUGGCAAACAGCGGUAUAAAUUUUGAAUAAUCAUCCCAGAGCUAUCAAUUCACAAUCUUCUAAUCAAUUUUUACUAAAUCUUCUCAAGUGAACAAAGAAUUCUAUUAUGGCGAAGGAAUGAAAAUUUCGCCAGUUCAGACUUUUACAGAGUUUUUUCAUGUCUGGUAACACAAUUCUAGUCAACUUAGUGGUCGCCGUUUUCCGCUACUCGCCAUAAUCACAAACACAUCAUUAACUUUACCCACUAAAUCUCAAUUUUUAUCAAUAACCAUCAUAAUCAUCCAGCCACAAAUUCAUUUUGUCGUCUUAUCCUUUGAUUUGUCAAUCCUCUUUCCCUUUACUGAUGUGAUCAUUCGACCAAAAUCAAAAAAAGCAAAGUUAAUUAUAUAAUACUAUCAUAAGUAUUAUAAAACAACGAUCAUAACCAAUCAUUACUAAUACCAACGAGUGACCCUAUCAACCACACUCAUCUUCAAAUUGUCUUCUGUAUCUUCUCUCUUUCAACUCCAAUUUUCGUACUUACUUUAAUUAAUACCAAAUGGAUGUACCAGAAGUCACCAAGCAAGCAACAUGCAAUUUAAACUUAGUCGAUAUUGACACACUGGCCUCAUAUAUUAAAAAUGGUCGGCAAAAUAUAUUAAUCUUGGAUAUGAGAUCUUUUCUUGAAUAUAACACAAGCCAUAUCUCAACUUCAUCUCAAGUCACCUCAUCAAAGCUUGUUUUAAGACGUUUACAACAAGGAAAGUUAACUGCUAAUGAAAUGAUCACUAAUGUCGUUGGCUGUGAGCCUGAUCCAAAUGUGGAAAUUAUCCUUUAUGAUCAUGAUUCAAAAAAUUUCACUUCAAUACCCGAGGAUUGUUUUCUUGCUGUUUUCAUAUCAAAAUUGGUAUCAACUUUCAAAAAUGUUAGCUUACUGAUUGGAGGAUUUAUCAACUUUCAGUCAAAAUAUCCAGAUCUCUGUGAAGCCAAAAAAUAUUUAACAUCAUUAUCACAACCUUGUCUUCCAACAAUCAAUCCAGGACCUACAAAAAUUUUACCUUUCCUUUACUUAGGCUCUCAACAUGAUGCUUACAACAAAGAGCUUUUAAAGACUCAUAAUAUCACGUACGAGCUAAAUGUUAGCAUUACUUGUCCAAAGCCUGACUUUGUUCAAGAAUCUCAUUUCAUGCGGAUACCUGUUAACGAUAAUUACAGUGAAAAAUUGCUUCCUUAUUUUCCGAUGGCAUUUAAUUUUCUUGAAAAAGUUCGUGAAUCAAGUGGUUGUGCGUUAGUUCACUGUUUGGCCGGUAUCUCUCGAUCAGCUACGAUAGCUAUUGCUUAUGUCAUGCAGCACUCAAAAAUGUCUUAUGAAGAUGCUUACAGAUAUGUCAAGUCUAAAAGACCAACUAUAUCACCAAAUUUUAAUUUUCUUGGACAAUUGGUUGAAUUUGAGAAGCAAUUAAGGCGAGACCGUCUAUUGGAUCCAGUCUCGUCUGAUCCUCCGUUUCUCUCGAUUCCACCAUCUAAACAAGCUUUAAGUUCAUCUAAAAGAUUAUGCUCUUUCUUACCUUUACCAUCAUUUUCAACAACACCAGGCGAUAGAUCAUCAUUUUCAUUAUCAUGUAUACCUAACCUAACCUCACCCACUCUACCAUCACCAUCAACACCUAACCCAUCAACAGCCACUGCAACCAAAUGAACAUAUCAUUUUUGUCAAUAUCCAGCCAAUGGUUAUUCAAUUUUUCUUGUUCUUCUCCUCUGUCUGUUUCAUUUUUUUUCACCCUUCUUAUGCCCUCUCAAAGUGAUUUAAAAAAAGUAGACAUAGUUAAUUUCAUCCACUAAUUGUUUGAGAAACUGGCUUCCAACGUUUCUUGCGUUCAUCCUUAUGAUUUAAACUAGUCAAAUCUUUUAAAAGGUGACAAUUUCAAUGAGUGUAUAUCGGAAAGAAUAAAGAAAAGCUGAUUCAAAAAAUA